AUGGCCCAGGCCAUCGGGGUCGGGGUCGUCGCUGGCUUCGUUGGGGCCGUGGCUCUUGUCGUGGCUGCCCUGUACUUGUUCAGUCACGGUCGCCUUUCUGGAGGAGUCACUGGUACGGAAGCGCACAUCCCUUCUCAGGCAUCUACCCCCGACUCUCCAGACCACGGCAACGAGCUGAGCUCCCCGCCUCCAGUACCCCGGACUGGAUGGGACAUCAUCGUCGAGAAUAAGUGGAACGACGUCUCGACUCGCCCUGAUACCUUGUGCGGCCCCGUGGCAAUCUCAAAGAAUGUUGGCUUUGAGUAUUCCAUCGAAACCUUCGUGUCCAACUGCAUCGGCAGCGUCAGGGACCCUCUUGACAAAGAGAAGCCUGUCCAAGAGUCCAUCUUUGACGAGAACCAACUCAUCCAGCUUGCAGGGGAGCCUGCCAAUGGCGCUUCCUGGUCCGGAUUCAUUUCGAACCCCGACACUCGCGCUCUGGCCAUUCUUUGUUUCUUUUCGCGAGUCCUAUACAGACGCAUGAACCCGUUCGAGGAUAUUGAGAAAUGCUUGCUGGCCCCCGAGAUCACCGCCUGCUACCGCAUCAUGACUGCGCACCCCGGUGGCAACCGGCAUGGAAGGGCUGAUAUGCUUGGGGAGUGGCGACAACUCGUCUACGCCGUCAACAAGGGCCCGUACAAUAUCAGACCUCCCCGCUCAACAAGCUUUUGGAGGGACGACGUGAGAGCGGAGAGGACACAUGCCAUGGUGCCCCCCAUUGUCGAGGCCCUAAAACUGAACGAUUUGAAGGCGGAUGAGUAUCCCAUUGAUGCAGUGGAGGCCCUCAAGCCCAUAUUUGAGCAGGCGGCAAACUCUACCGUAAUCCUCUUCGGCCAGCCGUGCGUGUGGGAAGCUAUAUGGGAGUCGGACACGCCGGGCAUCUUUGUGUUCCCUGAGAUCCGCUUCAUGUGGCACGACAUGCUCAAGAAUUCGAGACCGGCCAAAAUGGAUUUCAGACGGCUGUGA